AUGCAAUCCCCAAUCACUGCUACCUUAAACCGGAUGGAGGAUUGUGCAGAGCUUACAUCCCCAGCUAUGCGUAUGACGAUGAAACAGGUAGAUGUGUACGAUUUAUCUACGGAGGAUGUGGCGGGAACAGAAAUCGUUUCCGUUCCAAGGAAUCGUGCGAGAGGGUAUGUGGAUGAGCCGACCUCUGCAACAAUUGACUUCCUGGUGCAUGAAUUCUCGAGAAGCUUGUGA